GCUAAGCGGAGGCCGGAAGUGUUGGUUUUCAGCGGCUCUUGGGGUAGGAGGGUGGUGAAAGCGGCAGCGAAGGGAUCACUGAGGUGCUUGUAUUCUCGUGGCUGUGCACACAGGGAUUUAAACACCACCAUGUCUAGUAAAAGGGCAAAGACCAAGACCACCAAGAAGCGCCCUCAGCGCGCAACAUCCAAUGUAUUUGCCAUGUUUGACCAGUCACAGAUUCAGGAGUUCAAAGAGGCCUUCAACAUGAUUGAUCAGAACAGAGAUGGUUUCAUUGACAAGGAAGAUUUGCAUGAUAUGCUUGCCUCACUAGGGAAAAAUCCAACUGAUGAGUAUCUGGAUGCCAUGAUGAAUGAGGCUCCAGGCCCCAUCAAUUUCACCAUGUUCCUCACCAUGUUUGGUGAGAAGUUAAAUGGCACAGAUCCAGAAGAUGUCAUCAGAAAUGCUUUUGCUUGCUUUGAUGAAGAAGCAACUGGCACCAUUCAGGAAGAUUACCUGAGAGAGCUGCUGACAACCAUGGGAGAUCGGUUUACAGAUGAGGAAGUGGAUGAGCUGUACAGAGAAGCCCCCAUUGACAAAAAGGGGAAUUUCAAUUACAUCGAGUUCACGCGCAUCCUUAAACAUGGAGCAAAAGACAAAGAUGACUGAAAGAACUCUAGCUGGAACUUUCCAAUUACAUUGUCUUACUCCUUUAUUUCUCAGACGCUUCUUCCACCCUCAUAGAACCUGUUGCAUGCGACAUAGUUUCACAGCUUUGCCUUUUUUCUUUUUUUGAUGUAUUUAUUCCAGACCUUUCUGCCACUUAGCACUGGUAUAAUCAGACUGGAAAUGGGGAUGGGGUUGUGAAUUGUAUUGAAAAAGAGAUUGAGAAUAAAAAUCAACAAAUGUGAAAGCCCAGGAAAAUACAUCCAUAUUUCUGGUUUUGCUGGAUUUUUACAUUUUUAUAUAAUAAAUAUGCUAUUUUGAAAUAAAGAUUAUGCUGACUCAAA